AUGUCUAUCGUCUACUCGCACGCUAUCCACAGUUUCACCUGGGACUCCGUGGACCAGCUCCACAGCAACAAUGCGACUUCACUGCCCCUGGUCCUCCCGACCAACCUCCUCCUGGAGGAGCUCAUCAUCUGGACCAACUACGAGAUCGAGGUAGCGGCCUACAACGGUGCCGGGAGGGGCACCUACAGCCACAAGGUCACCGAGUGGACCCUGCAGGGAGUGCCCACUGUUCCACCAGGUAACGUGCAGGUGGAGGCCGUCAAUUCCACCACGGUGCGUUACACGUGGAGCGCCCCCAGUCCCCAAUUCAUCAACGGCAUCAACCAGGGAUACAAGCUGCUGGCAUGGGAACCCGAUCGCGAGGAGGAGGUCGCCGUGGUGACGGUGCGGCCCAACUUCCAGGACAGCGUCCACGUGGGCUACGUGACGGGGCUGGGGAAGUUCACCGAGUACCUGACGUCCGUGCUGUGCUUCACCACGCCCGGGGACGGCCCUCGCAGUCCGCCGCAGAGAACGCGCACUCACGAAGACAAGCCCGGUGCUGUGGGCCACCUGAGCUUCACGGAGAUCCUGGACACGUCCCUGAAGGUCAGCUGGAGAGACCCUCACGAGAAGAACGGCGUCCUCACGGGAUACCGUAUCUCGUGGGAGGAGUUUAACCGGACGAACACGCGGGUCACCCACUACCUGCCCAACCUCACCCAGGAGUACCGGGUCACGGGCCUCACUGCCCUCACCACUUACACCAUCCAGGUGGGAGGCAUGACCUCCAAGGGCCAGGGCCAGCUGUCCUCCUCCACCAUCUCCUCUGGGGUGCCCCCGGAGAUGCCAGGGCCACCCACCAACAUCGCCAUCUCCAACAUCGGCCCUCGCACGGUGACGCUGCAGUUCAAGCCCGGCUACGACGGCAAGACGUCCAUCUCCCGCUGGCAGGUGGAGGCCCAGGUUGGGAUUAUAGGAGACAAUGAGGAGUGGGUGACUGUCCACCAACUGACCAACGAGCCUGACUCCAGGUCCCUGGAGGUCAUGGAGCUGAACCCAUACACCUUCUACAGGUUCCGUAUGCGCCAGGUGAACAUCGUCGGGACCAGUCCCCCCAGCCAGCCUUCCAGAAAGAUCCAGAGCCUGCAGGCCCCGCCUGACAUCGCCCCUGCCAACAUGACCCUGCGCACGGCUAGUGAGACCAGCCUGUGGCUCAGAUGGAUGCCUCUUCCGGAGUGGAAGUACAAUGGGAACCCUGAGCUGGUGGGCUACCGGAUCCAAUACUUCAAAGCUGGCUCCAAGGGAGGCGUUCUGUCCCAUGUCAUCACGGACCGCCUGGAGAGGGAGUUCACCAUCGAGGACCUGGAGGAGUGGACCGAGUACGAGGUCCGCAUCCAGGCCCUCAACGGCAUCGGCUCUGGGCCCUGGAGCACAGCCGUCCACGGCAGGACCAGGGAGUCUGUGCCAUCCUGUGGUCCCACCAAUGUGUCGGCCUUCGCCACCACGUCCAGCAGCAUCCUGGUCCGCUGGGGGGAGGUCCCUGAGGCCGAUCGCAACGGCCUCAUCCUGGGCUACAAGGUGGUGUAUAAGGAGAAGGACUCGGACAAGGCCCCCCAGUUCUGGGAGGUGGAGGGGAACACCAGUCACAGUGUCCAGCUAAGCGCCCUGGGGAAGUACGUCCUCUAUGAGAUUCAGGUGCUAGCCUUCACACGCAUCGGCGAUGGCAGAACCAGCUCCCCCUCCAUCCUGGAGAGGACCCUGGACGAUGUGCCCGGGCCUCCUGUGGGCAUCCUGUUUCCUGAGGUCAGGACCUCCUCUGUCAGGCUCAUCUGGCAGCCCCCUGCCCAGCCCAACGGCAUCAUCCUGGCCUAUCAGAUCACGUACAGACGGAACUCGUCCAACAGCAACGCGGCCACCGUGGACGUGCUGAGUCCCAGCGCGCGACAGUAUACGGCGUCCGGACUGAAACCAGAGCUGGUUUACGUGUUCCGCCUCACUGCACAGACGCGCAAAGGCUGGGGAGAGGCGUCCGAGGCGCUGGUGGUCACGACCGAGAAGAGAGCGAGGCCCCAGCCCACCAGCCGUCCCAUGGUGCCUCAGGAGGAUGUCCAGGCCCGCAGCGUGCUGUUGUCAUGGGAACCGGGCAGCGACGGGCUCUCGCCGGUCCGCUACUACACAGUGCAGUACCGAGAGCUGCCCGACAGCAACUGGACUGUCCACUCUGCCUCGGUCAACCACGAGGCCAGCUCCUACAUUGUGGACAGGCUCAAACCCUUCACUUCCUACCAGUUCAGGGUGAAGGCCACCAAUGAUAUCGGGGACAGUGAGUACAGCGAGGAGAGUGAGGCCAUCACCACUUUACAGGACGCCCCAGACAAAGCCCCUACCAUCCUGUCAGUAACACCACAUACCACCACAUCAGUGCUGGUUCGCUGGCAGCCACCUGCCGAGGACCAGAUUAACGGGGUACUGCUGGGGUUCAGGGUCAGGUACCGGGAGUUACUCUACGACCGGCUCCGCAGUUUCACCGUCCGUACCGUCAACAGCCCCUCCGCCAACUGGGCGGAGCUCACCGCCCCAUACAAUGUGAGGAACCUGAGCGAGUCCUCACUCACCCAGUACGAGCUGGACAAUCUGAGUAAACACAAGCGCUACGAGAUCCGCCUGAGUGUGUACAACGCCGUGGGGGAGGGGCCCACCAGCACGCCACAGGAAGUGUUUGUGGGGGAGGCAGUCCCGACGGCCCCGCCCCAAAACGUGGUCAUCAAAUCCUCAACCGCCACCCAGCUGGAUUUGACAUGGGACCCGCCUCCUCUCGGCUCACAGAACGGGGACAUCCAGGGGUACAAGAUCUACUUCUGGGAGUUCCAGAUGCAGAACGACACGGAACGCUUACGCACCCUCUUCCUGCCCGAGCUGGGGGCCAAGCUGAAGAACCUGACAGGCUACACCACCUACCUGAUCAGCGUGGCGGCCUUCAACGCAGCCGGAGACAGCCCCCGCUCCCCGCCCACCAGGGGGCGCACUCAGCAAGCAGCUCCCAGUGCUCCCAGCUUCAUCCACUUCAGUGAGCUCACCACCACCUCAGUCAACUUUUCCUGGGGAGAGCCCAAGCAGCAUAACGGCAUCAUCGAAGGCUACCGUCUAGUCUACGAGCCCUGCACGCCGGUGGAUGGUGUCAGCAAGAUAGUGACAGUCGACGUGAAGGGCAGCGCCCCCUUGUGGAUGAAGAUCAAAGACCUGGCUGACGGGGUCACCUACAACUUCCGCAUCCGGGCCAAGACCCUGACCUACGGCCCUGAGGUGGAGGCCAACAUCACCACUGGGCCAGGGGAAGGAUCCCCAGGCCCACCAGGAGAGCCCUUCAUCUCUCGCUACGGCACGGCCCUCACCCUCCACUGGACCAGCGGUGACCCCGGGCGCGCGCCCAUCACGCGCUACGUCAUCGAGGCCCGGCCUUCCGACGAAGGCCUGUGGGAUAUCCUGAUCAAAGACAUUCCUAAGGAAGUGACAUCCUACACGCUCAACCUGGACAUGCUGAAAGAAGGGGUCACCUACGACUUCCGGGUCAUAGGGGUCAACGACUAUGGCUAUGGUUCCCCCAGUGUUCCCUCACCCUCCAUAUCAGCCCAGAAAGUGUCACCGUUCUACGAGGAGUGGUGGUUCCUGGUGGUGAUCGCUCUGGUGGGCCUCAUCUUCAUCCUCCUCCUGGUCUUCAUCCUCAUCAUCCGUGGCCAGAGUAAGAAGUACACCAAGAAGGCCGACUCAGGCAGCCAUUCCAACUGCACCUCGCUGCCUCUCACCCACGGAGAGAUGGUGCGCCUGGACGAGGGCCGCUUCCCCGCCCUGGAGCUCAACAACAGACGACUGUCGGUCAAAAACUCCUUCUGCCGCAAGAACGGCAUCUACACACGGUCUCCCCCAAGGCCCAGUCCUGGCAGCCUUCACUACUCUGACGAGGACGUCAGCAUCAAAUACAAUGACCUGAUCCCAGCGGAGAGCAGCAGCCUCACUGAAAAACCCUCCGAGAUAUCAGACUCUCAGGGCAGCGACAGCGAAUACGAGAUGGAUCCGGGCCGACAGAAGACCCACUCCUUUGUCAACCACUACAUCAGCGACCCCACCUACUACAACUCGUGGCGUCGCCAGCAGAAGGGCGUCUCCCGCCCUCCGGCCUACGGAUACGCCCAGCCCGAGCCCCUGGUCGAGCAGGAGCCCCGGCAACACCCUCCGCCCCUGCCUCCCUUGCCGCCCCUGCCCCCGCUGCUGCCCCAGGGGGCCCCCUCUCCCCAGCCCCAGGGCCAGGGCACUCUGUUCAGGCCCAAGGGCAGCCGGACUCCCACCCCAUCGCUGCUGUCCUCUGAACCCAACAGCCAGCACAGCACCCUCUACAGGCCCCCCAGCAGCCUGGGCUGUGCCUCUCAGGCGCCUACCGCGGGCUUCUCCUCUUUUGUUUGACACACAGCUCUCCUACCCAUGACAACAAGCCUGGAGACGGACUUUUCCUUUUUUGUCGUUGGUGGUUUACUCGUGUUUGAUUCCCGAUUGGUUGUUUUUUUGUUUGUUUUUUUCUAUACUAUUGACCGAAAGAAAUUGCAGGCAUCUUGGAAAGCAUUUUUUCUCCCAUGUGAAUGAUGUGUGUGUGUGCGUGUGUGUGUGCGUGUGUGCUUGAAGGCGUGCGACUACGUGUAGGUGUUUUCAGAAAAAGACAAUCAUUUGGAACGUUUGUGUUGCUUCGGCGCAUUUUGUUUCAAUUUGCGACAAAAGCUUGAAACGGGGGGACCGUUCAGAUCCGAGAUCUGAAGUGAAGUUCCUCGUUUUAAAACGACGUGUAUUUAUUGUAAAUGCAGCCUAUGAUGUGAGCAUUGCUGUGUGAGGACAAUGACCAUUGGACUCUGGUGUACAGAGACUGGCAACAAAAAGAACCGAAUUGUGAACCGUGGACAAGCUAAAGAGAGAAGAAGGAACUCUGGCAAGGUCAAAAAAACGAGCACCUUUCAGCUUCAGUGGCUUCUUUCCACAUUCUCACUUUCCCCAGUCCUAGUUGCAACUGCGUAUGUAAUACUGUGUGUGUUGUUCUGUUCGCUAUUGUUUCGACAGAUAAUUGUAUCAAUCAGCUAAAAGCAACAACAAAGAAUAAUCGAAAACACCACUCAUGGCAAUGUUGUAAAUCACAUCAAAGCAUUGUGGCAGCAGGAUGGGGAGUGUGUCGAUUCCUCUACCGUCGCCAACACAAUUUCUGCUCCUUGGUUUCAGCUGUUUUGUUUCUGUUUUGGGGAUGAAAUCAACACUCCACUUGAUGCAUAUGACAGCCCAUACUCAAGCAGUUGCAACAGACACGGUGCUCUUUGCGAGGAAUGUGGUCAUAAGUCACAUUCGUUUUACAGACACCAUAAGACAGGGUGACAAGACAACAAUGUCACAAUGAGUGAGUCAAUCAGUGUAUGCUCCGGUGUUGUCAUUGUGUAAGAUGGGCAUGGCUAUGUCUGCUACUGAAAACUAUCACGGGCGUGCUUUAGCUAGCUAUGCCGACUUAUCGCGGUCCUCUGAGCUCUCUGAGUAAUUGGCUACUAGUAAAGUCAUGUGCAUCCCCCCCCCCCCCCCCUAGCCUCCAGGUGUUGUGUCAAGCAGAUCUAUUCACAGUCUCACGGUUGAUGUUUUUCAUUGUGUCUUCUAUGAAGGACAGAACUAUAGUGUGGCGUAGCUCAAAUAGAUUCAGGUUUACAGGAUCUGCAACAAACCUGUCGACUCUGAACACAAAGUGAUCCCCUCACUUUUGCCUUAGCAUGGCAUGGUUACACUGCAUCAGAGCUGCAUGCAGGACCGGACAGCAGUUGCUUUGUAGAUAUAUGUAUUACCAAGAAACGGUAUGAGAUGUUGUGUGUCAAACACCUCACUAUGAACUCAUAUAAAUAGCUCUCUAGCCAAGCAAGUUUAUGAUGAAGGUGCACAAGAUGACACGGAUGAAAUAUGACACUGUCAUUCUGCGACUGGAGGAAUAUGUCUGUUACCUGCUUUCGUUUAAUUGUACUGUUCUGCAUAUUGUUGAAUGUGUUUUACUACGCUUUAGGGUAUGGUUUUACUUUUACUUUCAAAUAGUAUUAUGGGAUAUUGCUAAAUAGAGACUUGAGGCAGAUUUCAGUCUUCAAGGUCCAAAUGAUCACCUGUCUUUUUACCGUGUGGUGGAUAUCAUUGUAUACAUUCUGAAGAAUUAAUACUAGACCUGACCAUGGUACUGUACUAUUCAAAAAAUAAAUUAUUCUAUUUUCUAA